CAAUAGGAAGCCUCGGCUCUUUGGUGGACUGUUUACACACCCAAUGGCCUGAGCGGUAGUGGUCUGGCCGCGGUGCGGUGGUGGACACACACUCCACGGGACGGGACAGCGCUACAUGGGGAACUCAGGCGACAGCGGCUGGUACCACAGUGACACCCCGGAGAUAUCAAUCCGCGAUUUGGAGAUAUCUCUAGGGCGCUAGCCUACGACGCUCCGCUAUUGGGAACCGACUUAAUGAAAUAAACAAGCCGAGCAUGAACACAUCGCAUUUGAGUAUCUCCUUCUCUGAGCAAUGGACUGACCAAUUCCCUCUCUGGAUGAUUUGAUGGGGCUGCUCAGAGUCAUGAUGCCGCCCAAGUUGCAGCUCAUCGCGUUGCUGGCGUUCGCAGUGGCCAUGUUCUUCCUAGAAAACCAGAUUCAGAAGCUGGAGGAGUCCCGCGGGAAGCUCGAACGAGCCAUUGCCAGACACGAGGUGCGUGAGAUCGAGCAGCGGCACACGCAGGACGGCGUGCGGGAGCGGGACUCUGCGGCCUCUUCGCCGUCGGAGGGCGAAGACGACCUCGUCAUCAUUUACAACCGCGUGCCCAAGACGGCCAGCACAUCCUUCACCAACAUCGCCUACGACCUGUGUGGGAAGAACCACUACCACGUCCUGCACAUCAACACCACCAAGAACAACCCCGUCAUGUCCAUACAGGACCAGAUGCGGUUUGUAAAGAAUGUGACUGAGUGGAGAGAAAUGAAGCCGGCCUUCUACCACGGACACGUCUCCUUCCUGGACUUCACAAAGUUUGGAGUGAAGAGGAAGCCCAUCUACAUAAACGUGAUCCGGGACCCCAUAGAGAGGCUGGUGUCGUAUUACUACUUCCUGCGUUUUGGGGAUGACUACAGGCCCGGCUUGAGGCGCAGGAAACAAGGAGACAAGAAGACAUUUGAUGAAUGUGUGUCAGCCGGCGGCUCAGACUGUGCCCCUGAGAAGCUCUGGCUGCAGAUUCCCUUUUUCUGUGGUCACUACUCUGAAUGCUGGAACGUGGGCAGCCAGUGGGCUCUGGAGCAGGCCAAGUACAACCUGGUGAACGAGUACCUGCUGGUGGGAGUCACAGAGGAGCUGGAGGACUUUGUGAUGAUGCUGGAGGCUGCGCUGCCACGCUUCUUCAAAGGAGCCACGGAGCUCUACAAAACAGGGAAGAAAUCCCACCUGAGGAAGACGAGCGAGAAGAAGCCGCCCACGAAGGAGUCCAUCGCCAAGCUGCAGCAGUCGGCCAUCUGGAAGAUGGAGAACGAUUUCUACGAAUUUGCACUGGAGCAGUUCCAGUUUGUCCGGGCACAUGCUGUCAGGGAAAAGGACGGGGAGCUCUACCUGCUGGCACAGAACUUCUUCUACGAGAAGAUCUACCCCAAAAACUGAAGAGUAGACGGACACAUGGCAGAUGUGCGGCCUGAGAUGAAAAAGGACACAUAAAGACUACGUGUGGCUGUCUGUAGAACAUUCUAUUGACAGCUCUGACACGUCUGUGCCAGCCAACUGGACUCGUGUUUCAUCAGCAGGUUUGUUUUCCCAGCAGCCUCCACUCCCCCUCAUGUCAAAGGUGGUUUGACGCGUCCGGGGACGGCCUGUCCAGCUCCGAAACAUUUUCAUCGGCUCUGUAAUGUUUGGUUGUGUUUGGUUGUGUUUUAACUCUUUGCUAAGGUUGUCUUUUGUAUGUAAAGACGGUGACAUUAUCCAUGCCUCACCACUACUACUAACUUAAAGAGAUUUGAAGUGUACGACUACUGUGCUGUAUUAUUGGACUUGAAUGAGAACGUUUGAGGUUUUUAUGAAAUAAAAAUCCUGUGACCAUGGACUAUUUA